AAGGCUUACCCAAGGGUGUGCCAUUCUGAUGACCAUCUACUUUUGGCAUUCCAAGGCUGGAGAAGAUACUCAGAAACAAAGCCAAAAUUAAGUUCAUCAUUAAAAAGCCUGAAAUGUUUGAGACAGCAAUUAAGGAGAGCACCUCUUCCUCUAAGAGCCCUCCAAGAAAAAUAAAUUCAUCGCUCAAUGUUAAUACUACUGCAUCAGAUGUUGAAGAUCUUAACAUCAUUCAGGUGACAAUUCCAGAUGAUGAUAAUGAAAGACUGUCAAAAGUUGAAAAAGCUAGACAGCUAAGAGAACAAGUUAAUGACCUCUUUAGUCGAAAAUCUGGUGAAGCCACUGGUAUGGGUUUCCCUGUCAAAGUUCCCUACAGGAAAAUCACAAUUAACCCUGGCUGUGUGGUGGUGGAUGGCAUGCCUCCCGGAGUGUCAUUCAAAGCCCCCAGCUAUCUGGAAAUCAGCUCCAUGAGAGAAUAUAAAAUUCUUAUUAAUUCAUUUCCAAUUCAUUAUACUAAUUAA